AUGUCGAAAUUGCGGAAGUGUUGUGUUGUAGGUUGCAAUGCCAACAACAAAACUCAUCGCCUUUUUAACUUUCCAAAGGACGAUAAAUUACGGGAAUUGUGGUUGUCUUUCUUGGUGCCUGUUAAUAUUAAGCUCAGCGGUUUGUCUAAGGAACAAUUGUUAAAUAGAUAUGUGUGCCAAAAGCACUUCGACAGACAGCAGUUCGACGGUGUGGGUAACCGUCUUGCGCAUGGCUAUCCCUGCUUAUUUACUGCAAGGGAAAUGAUGCACGGUAUUCCCUUGGACUCUUCAACUGCCCACGCUCUGAGUGAUCACAACUAUGGUUUACCAAUAGCUGUCCUAGAAGAUUCAAAUGAUUUCACUACUAAUACCAUAAUCAACUCACAAGACCACAUUAGUGAUCAUAAUUAUGUUUUAGAAUGUAAUGUUGAAAAGGGGCCACCAAUUGAAGAACCUAAAAAUUCUAAAACUGAUGGACACACAUGUGUUACUGACACACUACAAAUAACGAAACCUGUAGAAAUUGUGCCAAACCUCUCUAUUGCAUCAUCAAAGGCAGAAUCAAGAGCCAAUAAACUGACCAAAGACUGCAGAUGCUUCAUAAGAAGAAUGAAAAAUAUUGCUGUCAAAGAAAAUAAGCUUGAAAAGCCAUUUUCAGAAAGAUUUGAUGCUGCUAAAAUUCUAAGCCAUAACCUAUUAUUUAAUAAAAGUUUUGGCAAAAUGACGCAACAGGCACAAGAUUUUCUUCUAAUGCAGUUGAAAAUGGCAAGUAAAAAGAAGAAAGCAAUGAGGUACACUACAAAUGAAAAGCUCUUGUCACUGUCCCUAAUGAAGGAAAGCCCCAAAGGAUACAGACUUUUGCAAAAAAUUUUUAAUUUGCCUACUAAAAGAACAUUGAACCGCCUUGCUGAAAACAUCAAAUUUAAUGUGGGCUUAAAUGAUAAUAUUUUUGAGCUAUUAAAGCACAAAGUUAAAAAAUGGGACACGAAGAAGAAAUUAUGCUCUGUUUUGUUUGAUGAGGUGGCUCUCACAUCUCAUCUCACUUAUGACGAGUCACAAGAUGAAAUCAUAGGUUUUAAAGAUUUUGGAAAUGAAAAAGAAUUUAAAUUAUGCGAUCAUGCCUUAGUUUUUAUGCUGAAAGGUGUGUGUUCAAACUGGCGACAGCCUAUUGCCUACUAUUUUUGUGAAGGAACAACUGCUGCUGCUGUAGUUGUACGGAUUUUUAAAGACAUCAUCACUGAAGUCUCACAGUCUGGCUUGAUUCCUUUAGCCCUUGUAUGUGAUCAAGGAACUACAUUUAGAAUGGCUAUAACCAUGUUAAAAAAGGACACCACACACAGAAGAAAUUUAAAUGGAAAAUAUAAUGGUAAGUAA